CCGACUUUCACUUCAAGAGGAGUUAUCAUCAUCGACUCCCAUAGCGCCCGCAUCUGCGUCAUCAUUUAUGGUUAUGCCCACCGAAGUCCGAACUAGAUGGCUACUUUACAUAGUGGGAGCUAAACCGAUACCCGUCGAGUGGUAAAGGUUUCUUAAUAUUUGGUCACAAUUUAGUACGUUUUGUUACGUGCGCGUUCCGCGCUUUUUCUCCCAUAUUACGUAAAAUUCGCCAUCCAUAGUUCGUCGUGAAAGUUAACUUUUCUGCCGGUCAAAAUGUGUUUGUUAUAAGUGCUUUUUUUCGUAUUCCGAAUUACAACGAAUAAAAUGGUUAAAUAAUUACGAAUUUAAAAAAAUAAAACCUAUAUUUUAUCCGUGAUCAAUUGCCACCUUUUUAAAUACCGCAUGUUGUGAUGUGAUUAUACUAUAAGCGAAAAAAUUCAUCGUAUUCUGUCAACAAACAUUGUCAUCCUAUUCAUCUAUUGAAAUAUGCUCCCGCCAAAAAUGAAGGCAUGGAUGCUCUUACUAGGAAUACUACUUCACGAAUCUGCAGCAGUUGUGAAUAACAAAAAAAAUAAUGCAGGAGUUAUUCGACGACAAGUGCCCGUACUGACCAACGCAUAUGGUGCUCCAGUAUCUUUGGAACAUGCUGAUCCUCCUCCCAAUAACUUUCAAUCAAAAGACAACUACGAGUCAAGAGUCUCGGAUUUCGAAGCAACGACUCCAGUUUUCCCCUUAAGUGCGCCUUCGUACGAUUACAGCCCACCAGGCUUAGCACCGCCAGAAGGAGGCGACAGCAACAAUGCACGAAUCUCCGAUUUCGAAGCUACCACUCCAGUUUUUCCUCUAAGUGCGCCAUCUUUCGAUUACAGCGUACCUGGUUUAGCACCUCCAGAGGACAACGAAAUUCUUACCAAACAAUCCGGGUUUGGAUAUGAAAGACCUCCUACAAAUCCAUCUCCUUCCUAUGGGCCACCACCUUCAGCAUAUGGUCCACCAAGUAAUACGUAUCUGCCACCAAGUAAUUCUUAUCUUCCUCCAAGUAAUAGUUACCUUCCACCCCCGAAACCAUCUUAUGGUCCACCUCCGCCCCCGCCAAAACCUUCUUAUUUGCCACCACCACCUCCUCCCAGACCAGUGUAUGGUCCUCCUAAACCAACAUACGGACCUCCACCACCACCGCCGCCUCCGCCACCACCAAAACCAACGUACGGACCUCCUCCUCCAAAACCUUCAUACGGUCCACCACCAUUCGAGUAUUCUCCACCAAAACCACAAUAUGGUCCUCCUAAACCAACAUACGGACCUCCAUCUUACCCAUCUAAACCGCCAAGCCCGCAAUACGGACCACCACAGAAACCACCUUCAUCUUUGUCAUUGAAUCCAGAUUUACUGUCGCUGAAAUAUGGAUCAAACAUAAAAAGUGAGAGUAGUUCAUCUUCGAAAUACUCUUUCUACAAUAACUUGAAGAGUAGCUUGUACUCUUUGCUUGGAAAUCAUCACCAAUCAUCUGGUUCAUCUGGAAUUCAUUCACCACCCACACCUCCAGUCAUCAGCUAUGACGGAUGGAAACCUUUGCAGGGGGCUGAAUUAGCUUCGUUUAUCGGAGCUUACCCUCAAGUACAGACAUCUUAUCAUGAACAAGAAUUCACUGUACCGCAGAAUUCGUAUCAAGCUUCCAAUGAAUUCUACACUCAUCCGCAUUCUCCACUUUCAGUGAACCAGAUCCCUGGCUCUAGUUUUGGCGUACCAUUCGAUUUCUCCAACUCUUUUUCAAAUUUAGGAUUCGAUAAUGGAUUCUCCAACAUCAACACAUUCCCAAAUCCUCAAGUAGAUUGCAACGAUCAUUCCUCCUUCUCUCAGUUUGGUAGCUCGUUAACCUCUGAUAAUGGAGAAAUAAAAGAUAGUUACACGGUAUCGAGUUAUCCAACCCAGCAAAUUGGUUUAGCCUAUGGAGUUCCUUCUGGUAAACAAAUAGAAGGACCAAAAUUACAGCCCAAAAAACCCAUCAAGUUCAGAGCUCCGGUGCCAUCUGGUUUAUUGCAAUCUGUAGGAAAAGAUGGCCACGACUACAGAGGAUCAGAAUUCAGAGGUCAGACUUAUAUUCCACCUGCCAUUCCAGAACUAUCUAAACCAGAUGAUACAUCUGCAGGCGAUUCUUCUGGUUAUUCUGAUAAUUAUCAACAAAAUGAUGGUUCAUAUGACUCUUACUCUGCAAAACAGCCAUCUAAAGACACUACAUUCAAUGGAGAUUCCAACUCUUUCGACAAUAGUUUGAAGUUCAGCAAUCCAUCACCUAAUAUCCAAUUUUCUCAAAAUACAGAUUACCCGGGAUCUGAGAGCUUAUCUUUCAAUCAAGCUCCGCAACAGUCAUUCAAUGUGCCUUCAUCCUUUGGAUCUGAUGGAUAUGGUACCUCAAAUCCAGAAUUACAAUCACUUCUGAGCUCAUUAGGAGAUAAAUCACCUUCUAUCACUCCCUCACAUUCUGUUGAAUUGCCUGCCAUUAGCAGCAACAAUCUUAAUGGUAUUGGAUAUGGCCAAAACCAAUUUGAAUUCCAACUGCAGUCCUCAAAUGGAGGAUCCGGAUUGUCCAAUGAAAGAGUCUUAUCUCAAGAUUUGUUGCAAAACGUAUUGUCAGCAAUUGAACAACAAAAUAAACAGUCCUCAUCCAGCAGUUUUUAUGAACAUUCUGACAGUAUACAAACUGCAGGCUCAGAAAAUGUUCCCAAGGUAGAAAAAAUUGAAGAAUUGAGUAAACAAAAUAGUGCACUGCCUAGUGAAAAAGAACAGAAUCCAAAUAAUACAGAUAAUGGCAAAUCUGGUCAAGCAUGAUGAUAAUUAUUUGCCAUUUUCAUCAAAUGCAAAUAUUACCUACUUGUAAUCAUUCAACUUUAUUUAAAAUUAUUUUGUUUCAUCGUUGGGGAUGAAUUUGUGAUUAUACUUAUAAUUUGAUUCGAAAAGCGCCCUCAAUAGGUACCUAUAUUAUGUAGAUUAAUGACCUAAGAGAUGUGGAAUAAAUAAUACCUACUUAAUUAUGAUUUAUCAAGUGCCAUGAUACAAUUUAAUUUAGGAGUCCAUCAAAAUUAAGUAUGUUGAUUACAAAUGAGCGUAGGUGCUAUGUUUUUUUAAUGAGAAAACUCCAAUUCCACUUUAAAAUUCUAACAAUUUCAACUCAUAUUAUUUAUUCUACAUUAAGAAUCAGACAUUUAAUAAUAAAUGAGGCAAAUCCCCAGUCAAAAUAUUUCAACAGUGAAUAUGAAGAGAAUAGAUAAUAGAUAUAGGUACCUAUUGAGGUAGAUAGACAUAAUUCCAGCGACGACAAGGUCCUUGCUGCAAUUAUGCAAGUAGAUAUCUUUUUAAACAUUUUUUAAAGAUUUCUCAACGCUAAGAUGUUUUUAUAAUUGAAAUUUGAAUUUAAGUUCCAUUUUAAAAUGAAGUUUGGUUUUACAAACCCAUAAAAGAGAAGACAAAAUUGAUCAUCUAUCCUUUAUUUUUAAUGAAAUUUUUAUGGUACCUAAUUCAAAUGACCUGGAAGUCAUUAGCUCAAAUUUUUCAUUGUAUAUUAGGUACGGUAUCUUUUUUAUUUCAUGUCAUGAAAUUUUCAAGCUAUCAUGCAUAUUCAAUUAUUUCUCAUUUUUUCACUUGUUUAAUUAUUGUUGAAGUGAAUUUGCAGUUUAACUAGGCGUGAGUAUUUACUUGAGUGUGCAUAAUAUGCAGAGCCUACGUAAUACGAUAUAUAUAUUCAUGUUCUAAAAUGGCAUGUAUUGCUUCAGUAAUGAUAAAUUUUGUAAUACUUAUCUGUCAACCUGCAUAUUUUUUUCUCCGAUUCAUUUCAUUUCUAUAUCAGCUAUAGGUACUCGUACUUAUGUAUUGUGCAUGUACCAACAUUGAUGAAGUUGUUUUCUAUCCCUAUCCUCCUAUACUUAUACCUAGGUAUUCAAUCAUUUUUUUCAAGUGAUGAAAUGUGCCAUUAUUUUGAAUAUUGUGCAGAGAAUUGUGUUAUGAUUUUGCAAAAUACUUGCAAUGCAAUUUUUGACACAUUAGUUCAAUCUCUUGUCUUUUCUUUUAAGCACAUAAAAAUAAUAAUUAUGUACAGACACUUAUGUGAGCAUAAGUAGGUACGUAGUUAUGUACUUCUUUCAUUAUUUUAUAUUUUUUUAUUAUUUUGUUAAUGGUUGCAUUAAGUAAAAUAUAUCCAGCUGUGCAGAUAAUUUUAUUCUUUGCAUACAAUUUGAAAUGUACUCGUAUAGCUUCCGUUUAUAAAUUAAUGUGAAACUCAAUGAUUACCUACCUAUUGUGAGAAUCUCAGUUUUAACUACAUACUAGAUACUUUAUUUAUUUUUGGAUGUAGGUACUUUUGUUUACAUUCCUACAAUGUCACUCAUUUAUGUGGUCAUUUUCUUAUACCGUUAGUUAUGUGAAUUGUAUUUUAUAAAAAUAUAAAUAUCCAUACCAUUCCAA